AUGCAGAGCCUCAAAGGUGGUACAGAAGCUAUAGCCCAUUUGGACCAGUUAGAAGCUGAUUAUUAUGAUCUACAGCUUCAAUUAUAUGAAGUGCAGUUUGAGAUCUUGAAAUGUGAAGAGCUGCUGCUGACAGCACAACUUGAAAGCAUCAGAAGACUCAUGUCAGAGAAGAGAGAUGAAGUUGUAUACUAUGACACUUACGAAAGUAUGGAAGCUAUGCUUGAAAAGGAGGAUAUGGCAACAUCUAUACACUUGCAGAAAGAGGAGCUGCAAAAGUUACAACAGAAAAUACGCCAGCUGGAAGCAAGGCGUGGACGUAUUUCAGCCAAGAAAGCCUACCUCAGAAAUAAGAAGGAGAUCUGUAUCGCAAAGCAUAAUGAAAAGAUCCGUCAGCAUCACCAGAGUGAGGAGGAAUACAAAAUGCACCAUACUGUUCAGCUAAAGAGAGAUCAAUUACAAGAUGAAGAGGAAAGAAAGAGUUCGUGGGUUAGUCAGGAACGACAGAAAACACUGGACAGACUUCGCACUUUUAAACAGCGGUACCCUGGGCAAGUAAUACUUAAAUCAACCAGAAUACGACUGACUCAUGCAAGAAGAAAAUGUGCAGCCAGCUCAGCGUCCUGUGUCAGUCAGCCUCAGUCUCUGCCAGCAACCAUACAAAUCCAAGAAAAAAGUGAAGAGGUGCAACUGGAACAUGCAGUUCAGCCUUUGCAAGUGCAGGAUUCCAUGAGCUUAGAACAACUGCAAGAUACCCCAUCACGUCCCAAUGGUGUUACCUCUGAUCUGCCUCCUGUGAGUCCUCCUUCAGGCACCACUAAUGAGCUGGAACCAGAGACUGUUACUGCAGUACCACUUCCACCCCCUUUGCCUCCACCACCUCCUCCUCCUCCACCUUUGCCCUCAAAGGAAGAUGACACCAAGUCUUUAGAGAAGAGCAACAGCUUUGUUAAACGUCAGAGUGAAGAGAAGGGAGUCCAGCACUCUCCUGGUAUCCCACCAGCCUAUCUCUUUGACAGCAGUCAACUAGUCAGUGCCAAGAAGAAGCUUAAGAAGACUGGUGAUCUAGAGGGUUUACACAGGAGGAGAGUGAGUUCCCCAAUGGAUGAAGUGCUGGCUUCCUUGAAACGUGGCAGCUUUCACCUAAGAAAAGUUGAGCAGAGAAGUCUCCCUCCUUUUCCUGAUGAAGAUGACAGCAAUAACAUCUUGGCACAGAUCAGGAAGGGAGUGAAACUGAAGAAGGUGCAAAAAGAUGUCUUGAGAGAAUCCUUUACAAUUCUGCCUGAUACUGACCCUCUGACAAGGAGCAUCCAUGAAGCAUUGCGAAGAAUUAAGGAAGCAUCACCUGAAUCAGAGGAUGAAGAGGAGAGUUUGCCUUGCACAGACUGGGAAAAUUAA